AUGACACAUGGUCCUGACUAUGUUCCAAUUCCAGUCCCUAAAGAUACCAAAUUCCCUUCAGAUUUCUUCACCAAAGUGAGCGUCUACAAAGAGAAAGCAAAGGGAAAGGGAAAGGCCUCAGUGGAUGACUCCUUCCCCAAUAAACCAGAUCCACACAACAAUGGUAUCUUCAGAUCUGGGGUAUUGGAACUCAGCUGGCACCAGGAGUGUCAGUAUUGGCAGACAACUCAGGAAGUCUUUCACAUGUGGAACAUGCAAUUGCAAACACAGCAAGACCAUGUUGCAUACUGUAAUUCAAAAGACCAUCUUCACUGGGCGAUGGCUGUAUACCAGCCAAUCAAGAUUGCUGAGGGAAAGGGUUCAAAUACCCAUCACCUCUCAUCCAAAUUCCGCAUCACCAUGGUGCUCCUUUCCUGUCAUGAUACCAAAUGCUGUCACCCCCUGAUGCAAGGCAAUGGCAUUACUCCAUUUCUCUACCUCUCACUUCUUAAUGCCUUUAAACCUUGGACUGACGAAGAUCCCAAUGACUUCGACUUUGUCAUUGGCCAUGCCAAGAAUUUGAUGCAAAACAAAAAUGAGUGCAUCCAGAACCCCACUCUUUUUGUUCAACAGCUCCAGGGCAUUGGUGAUGAGUCUGGGGAUGAAGUUGAUGCAAGCUUCCUUUUGGAUGUUGUCCAUAAGGGUUCAGGCUGCGAGCAGGGAUACAUCUGCCUCAACCUCCUAUACUUAUAUUUCCCAUAG